AUGUGGCACGAUGUGAUUGGUCUGAACUUUUUCCCUGCGCCUUUCCUUCCAUUUGUUGACGUGGUGGCCCGGUUCCUGGUCAAACAGUCAGGCGGUUGUUUCGUAAUGUCUUGUCUUCUUCUCUUUGUUGGGCUCGGAGCAACGCUACCCAUCUCAGUUCCAGACGUCCUCACUGGGAGAUUGGUGGCAAGUUUGGUCGUCUUCACUUCACAUUCAAUUUUGCUCUUCUAUUCCUCUUCGUUUCUUGCUUCUUCCUUUGUUGUCAGAGAGCAGGAUGCAUACUCUCCGUCAAGACCAUUCAUCCAAGUAUUGAACAAGACUAUUGACAACUACUUUGCUGAGACCGAGCAGCUUGCAUUUAACCCUGCCUUUGUUGUACCUGGAAUAUAUUAUUCAGAUGACAAGCUGCUCCAGACUCGCAUAUUCGCAUAUGGUGAUACCCAGCGUCACCGUCUUGGCCCGAACUAUAUGCAGCUUCCAGUAAAUGCUCCCAAGUGUGCUCAUCACAACAAUCACUAUGAUGAUUUCAUGAACUUCAUGCACCGGGAUGAAGAGUUCGGUUAUUUCCCUUCAAGGUUCAAUCCUAUUCGUCAUGCUGCGAGGCAUCCCUUCCCCUCUGCUGUCCUGAGAGGAAAGCGUGACAGGGUGAGUUUCUACGAGUAGAUUUGCUUACUUUCAGGCUCUUGCUGUUGUUUGAAUCUAGAUAAAGGAACUAUGGAAAAAAA